AUGACCAGACAGUCAUUCUCCACGUUGGUCAACCUUACCCACCAGCAGAUGUUACCCUCGCAGCCUCAAUCUGGAAAACGGAAACCAGAAGAUUUUAACCCACUUUUGAAUGCGGCUGCAGCAAAGAGGGCGAAGAAAGAGUUGAAGGUCGGCGCGCCGACGAAGCGCAAACUCAACAAUGAUGAUGGUCCAAGCAGCCUCUUGGUUGUACGAGCCUCCGAAGCCCAACCAUCGCACUCUCAGCCCGUGCACACGAAUCAGGCCGAUCUCGCACCACCGCGCUUCUCCUCCCAGCCUUCCCUGACCAGCACAGCUGGUCCGUCCAAACCACCAACGAAGAAAUUCAAAGCCGAUUCGCAGUCCUCCAACCGAGGCAGGGCCACAUCACAAGCGAAGACAGCCAACCGCGACCGUGUGGCAUCAUCCGCGUAUUACGACGACGCAGCUGUAGAGCGAGAUGUAAGGGCGAUGGAGGACGAGGCCGACCACCUUCGCCGGAAUUCGCGGGCACACACGGCGAUCGAUUCGUCUCUUGUGGCAGAGACUUCUCUUCAGUUCCAGUCGCAGCGCCCAGAGGGCAGUGGGACAGCUCGCAGCAAGGGCAAGAUGAAGAUAGUUGAUAUUUCAACCCCUUUGCCAGACAACGAUACUCCGCGGGCGGAACGCAACAAGCAACUGAGGCAGCCUGCGAUGGAUGCGAUAGCCCAGAGUCGUGGCCGCCCGGUGGAGGCAAACGGGGCGUCAGGACAGGGUCAUCGGCGGAAGAGUUCAAUCAGUGGGCGGGGGAAAAGAAUCAGCUCGUCGUUUGAGGCGACGGGUAUCAUCACACAUCCCCAUACUUCCGUGUCGGAGAGCAGUUUUUACAAGCACAUUGACUGCGACCUGCCAGAGCCAGAACGAAUUCGACAAUUACUCAUAUGGUGCUCGCUCCGGGCCACCGCAACCCCUGCCUCCUCCUCUUCUCUACCACCGCUAUCUGCCGAAGGAGUGCAGAUCCUGAAGACCGUCCAAGAUGACAUCGUCCGAAUGCUGGCCGAGAAGCGGGUCGAUCUGAGUUUACACUCGUCCAAUGCCACCCAACCUCCGCCAGAGAACCUGCGCGAGAACGAGCAGAACGUCCGCAAUCGGAAGUGGGAGAUUACUUACGCGAGCCAUAUUCAGGAGGCUGAAGCAGAAGAAGAAGCCUGGAAACGGGUUUCGUACGGCUACGAUGCGUACUCCAAGAAGCUUCAAGCGUCGCUCGAGAAACGGGCUGCAUCGCUCCAACCCGACCAGCAAGGACUAUCCGCCAAAGCCAAGGGCAAACGGCGAGCAGCGGGCGAGGAACCGCCAGACGUCGAGAGCCAGCUUUUCCCUCACGAACACGAGCUGCCGCCACAGUUCCACCCUGCGCUGGCUCUUGCUCGCUCCGUGCUGGGCCAUCAUGCGCAGGGUGACGAUCGAAUAGCGGGCGGAGGACGUCGAGGGAUGACGCGGUCGGGGCUGAACCGCGAGGAGCUCGAGGCAGAGAUCAAGAGCCGGAUGCCUGGACUCGAGUUCAAGGUCGACCAGAUAUACACAUUCGCGAAUGCGGCAAGAGCAACGACCAACAUCGCGGAGAAGGCUCUGAAUGAGCGGUUCGACGUGCUUUCGGCGAACCUUGCCUCGCGGACUCGGCCUAUCCUCUCUUCAGGCGACUCUGGGGGUACCGAGGGAUCGGCGCAGCUGAUCUCUACCUACGUCGCUGGCUCGUCAGUCUCCACGGUGCCCGAUCCGCUGGACAUCAUGCGUGCGCUGUCCAGGGUGGAUCAGAGCCGGCCACCAGCGCAGGUGGGCGACGCUGCGAGGCGGGCGGCGAGGGAGGUGCAACGGGCAGAGAAGGAGAGCGGGUAUGCGCCCGUCGGAGAGAAGAAACUAACUGGGGUGCCUGCUACGCCUCGGAAGACGCCUGGGACGCCCAGAAGAGGGAAUACACCUGGUCGCGAGCGGUGA